UUCAUUUACAGUGUACACGCACUGUACAUGUACACGUCCGUCACAUGAUCACACUCAACGAUGGCGUUCUCUGGGGCAUGGGCUCUUGUUCUUCCGCUUGCACUGUUUGUCGCAGGGUUUCAACCUACAAGCGCAGCAGCUGUCGAGUGGACUGUGAAUGGCACUAACAACGCUGUCUGCAUGAUAAUAAAGUUCGAUGGCCUGAUCCGCAUUCCAGACAAUCCCAAUCUAACCAAAUACUUCCAAACAGCCGAAGUCAUUGAUCCUCAGCCCAACUGCACGCUGGACAAACGAACCGUGCGUAUAGGUUAUGAAGGGUUUGCGGACCUUUUCAUAGAACUAACCUUUACUAAGUCAACUAAGACCUUCGCUUUGACGCAGGUCAGUGCAGCAUGGUAUCACAGAACCGAUACUGGCGACACCUCAGAGAUAACAAGAUUAACAGGACUACGGUCGUCCGAUAACCUCUUGCCGCAGUCCGUGUCUCUCGGAUGCUACUACUUCCAAGAAGAAGUAUCCAUUUCUUUCGACGACUUUAUCGUGGACAUGAAAGACGUCGCAUUUCAGCCGUUUGCAGGUUACGCCAAUAACAGCUACGGGACAGAGUUCACAGAUAAGGUUUGCCAAGUUCCAAGUGGAGUGGGCCAUGUCGGCGGUGACGUCAUGCGCAACGUGGUAUUGGCGUUCAUCUCGAGCACUUUUCUGUUAUGGCUUAGGGUCUAACAAAAUCAACACCAAAAGUGCCAUACUUUCAGGUAAAUUAACUGUGCGUAGCAUUUGGAAUUAGACCUCGCUGAGGGCUUUAAUAGAGAAACGACUUGUCUAGCGUCACCGUGUGGCCCUGUGUUUGUUUCAGACGCUGCUUAGUUAGCAAUAGUUGACAUUAAGUUUUAUUGGAGACUUUGUCACCAACUUCUUGUCAAGACACGGGUUCCUAUGCACCGUUGUCAUUUUAUAUUUCGGCGCUCGUAGACUAGUACAUGUAUUGGUAACACGUUUGAACUCUCUUUGAUAUAUAAAUUAGUUUAUUAGGUUGAGUGCAUUCGAUUAGUUUAUACGGGGCAACCAUGACCAGGUAAUGGCUGUGUUUGCCCACGGACGUCACAUAAAAAAUCUGGACUCGCAAAGCCUUUUACCGAAUGAAGCCACCGGCGGCCAUUUUACUUGCGAUUACAUAGGCGAUGGUUGGCUCGCUUGCCCAGGGGUGGAUCCAGGAAGUUUUGCAGGGGGGGAGGCCGGGGAUUUUUCAUUGUCUCAGUUUUGCAGACAAGCGGAAAUGAAGAUGAAACAUUACAUGACAUUUGUGGUCUCAGAGCGGGGGGUCGACCACCUACCCCCUCCCCUUCCCGAUCUGGCGCCUGUUUCUAUUUUUUUUAUUAAAAAUGGUGAGCAAGCUUUUGUAUAACGUUGUAUUCGCCUUGUUAGGAGGGCCGGUCGGUGGCCUGAAUGACCAGUAAGGGCCUCUUAAGGGCUUCAGGUCCAGAUCUUUUUAUUUGAAGUGCGUGCGUGCGUGCGUACCGUGUCAAACAAAUAAGACAAGGGGACGAGGCUAAACUCCUAGUCAACUUGUUGAAGCGACUGUAAUGCCAAAUAAAAGUUCAUUGUUAUUAAUGAAUAGCUAUUAACGCAUGAAAGAUGUUGAUACAUGUACACUUAGUGAACAGUUUAGAUCGAUAAAUUAGUGUACCAAGGUAGCUGAGUGGAUGAGACCGCUUAUACAUCGAUGGGUUUUAUAAUACCUGGUAAAUUGUCAGCAAAAGUGACUCGUACAAACUGUUAAAGUGUAGCUGCAAUGAAUAUUUCUUCGACACACGUUUUUUGCAUGUUUGUACUUUUCUUCAAUGUGUGAAAA